UGUAAUCUAAAUUAUCCAGCAACCUGAAUGUGUUUGUGCUCAUAUGGAGGUUUUGUUGUCUUUCUGCAUCACGGUGAGCCAGAUUUCUGAUCUGCUGUCAGAUUCAAAUCAAGACCAGGAACCUUGAGACUGAAUGAGUUUGUCAUUUGUCUUGUUUCUGAUGUGAAAUCCUGGACCAGAGUGAGGAGUUGUAAUGACAGCACAGUGAGCUCUGUGGUCACAUUAACACCUGUGUACAGUCAGUGAUGUGUCAGUGAUGUGCAGCAACAGACAGGAUGCAGUCCUCCAUCUCUAUGCUAACCGUGUGCUGCCUGUUGCUCCUCGGCUCCUCCUCCUCUCCCCUUUAAAACCUCCCACUGUGCGGAAAACCACACGGCAGCCCGAGCCGAGCCGUCGAUCAAUUAUCUGUGGGCCGCGGGGGCCGACGGGAGGUCUGAGGACCUGUUAGAAACCACGUGGGCCUCGUCUGAUCCGGCAGCUCGUCCUGGUUUGGCCUCGGCUGCAUCGGAGCGCCACUUCUCCCCAGGUUCACCAGAGGAAACACCACUGCACAAAAUGCUUUUCCUCCCAGCUGCUGCUCUGUGCUGUCUGUGUUCAGCGCUGGCUGCCAUGGCAGCACAGCUGACUCAGGACCAGUUAUCACUGACCAGGAGAGUCAGUCAAAGCGUCUCCUUCAGCUGUGGAGGAACUGACCAGUGUGACAGGAGUUAUGUCUACUGGUAUCAGAAGAAAGACACAGAAACAUUCAGAAGGAUUCUCAGUCUUAGCAGUAGGAGUUGUAGCAUAGGCUACAGGUAUGGUCAUCCUCAGGAAAAUGAUUUCGCAGCUGUGAGAGAACAGAACGGCUGUGAGCUGAAGAUCCAGACAGUUAAUCUCCUUCAUUCAGCCACCUACUACUGUGCCUGUUGGAAGAGAGAUACGUGGUACUUCAUCUUUGGCUCUGGAACUAAACUGUAUGUAACAGAUGAGGAGGUAGUGAAGCCCGUGGUGAGCGUGUACCCAGCAGCCCACCUGGACAGGAAGGGCUCCCUGCUGUGUGUGGCCUCACACAUGUUUCCUCCUCGGGUCAAGAUCUCCUGGAAAAGACGAAGGAAGACUGAGACUGUGGAGGAGGUCCUGCCUCAUGAGGGAGAGCAGCUGAAACUCAAAGAGUCGGGAUGCACUGCCAGCAUCAGACUGGUUGAUCGUGACCCGCACUACACAUAUAAAUAUCGUUGCUACGUCGAGCACGAGGGGGGCACAGUGGAGGCCCAAACAGAACAAGAGGUUCCUGCUGUACCACCACCAGCUACUCCAUCCCUUCCACCAUCAGCAGUUCCAUCAUUUCCACAAUCAACACCUCCAACAGAUUUUCUCCAGUCUCAGUGCAGGGUGAAGCUGCUCUGUGUGCUCUACACAGUGCUGAUAGUGAAGAGUCUGGUGUACUGCUAUGGACUCUCUCUGCUGAUGAUCCUCAGAAACAAGGGACCGUCCACCAGCUGCACACAUGCUGACUGACUGUUUUCUGCUCAACUUUUCUCACCAUCAAAUCUCAACAAUUGAUCUCAUUCAACGUUUUGAUCAGCAGACACAAAUGUCAGUUUUCAUAUUUUGUGGUUGGUUGUAAAAUUUCUCUUUUUAUGGACAGGUCUGAAACUGUCAUCCUAACAAUAUAAAUACAUGUAUACACAUAUUGUUUGCAGUCAGUGAGUGUAAAUUCUGUGUAAUCGUGUUGUUUACGUGCUGUAGUUUAGUUUGAAUUGUGACGUGUGUAAUAAUAUAAAAUAAAGCUGAAUUGUUAUCUGACUGAUUAUAUUUUUCUGUUCUUGUGUUUCUUUUUAAUACAUUAUGCAGAAUGAGGCAGCUUUGUCCAAUUCUUUCAGUGUAACAAUCUCAAUAAAGUGAAAAAUCACAGCGUCUGUGUUUUGGAAACA